GGUGUUGAUCCCACACUACUGUCUAAAGCUUUGGCCGACGAUGUUGAAGUGGAUGAAACUGCAUUGGAAAAUGAUCCCGAAUUACUGGCUGAGUUGUCUGGCCUCAUAGGGGGCAGCGAGGAGGAGGAACCAGCUAAUACGGAUGCAACAGCUUCUAGACCGCCAAAUCUGCCGUCACCUAGUUCACGAGAUGCCGCCCUGAUUAGUAAACUUCGUGGAUUGGUAGCUGUCUACGACAAAAUGCUUGCCGCCAGCGCUAAAGAAGGAAAUAAUGUGAAACAGAGAAGGCAUCAACGAACCGUUGACAAACUGAGAGAGCUGAUCAUCAAAGCUGAACGCGGUGAGAGUGUUGACGAAACAGAAAUCCCUCCAUCACCACCAUCAUUUGCCACAUCACCGAAUGAUCCUAUUCUGCCCUCUCGCCAAGCGCCUGCUCCUCCUGCUCUCCCUACUUCACAACCUCCUCCGGUUCCGAGGAGAAGCACCUCAGGAAUUAUGCAAGAAUCCAUUGCUGAAUCGCCAACGAUUCCUCAACGAACUUCAUCGUCAUGUAUGCCUGUUGAAGGCCCUGAAAGGAGCGCUGAUUCACGAAAAGAUCAAGUAUUAAAGGUGUUGAAAAGGAGGAGGCGAGACGCAUACGUGGCGAAUGGAAAAGCAGCAGUUGCAGCAAUGGACAAGUCAGCUGCAAAGCAAUAUUUCUGA